CUAACUAAUUGGUGAUAAUUUAGAUAGGAAAAAGUUCAUAUAGAAAAUUAAAAAAAAAAAAAAAAUACUUGAGGUGUUUGUAACUAUUAUCUCUAAAUCUAAUAUAAUUUCUCUCCUCCCAGCUUGAACUUGGUCGGGAGAAUUUAUUUUCCAACCUUUUGUGAACUGUAUUUUCUCUUUAUGGUUUUGACUUUCUUUAGUUAGGUGAUUGGUGUAAUCUAUCUAUGGAUUUCAUUAAUUUCCUUCUGAGAUUCAGUUCAUUAAUUUCUAAACCAAGCUUAACCCUUAAGCAAUUUAGUUUUAAAAAGGGCGAAAACACGAAAUGUAACGGCCAAUACACCCAUGGAGAAGGAGAAAGAGAAAGUGAAGAAGAUGGGAGUAGUUGUCUGUGGAUGCUGCCGGAGGCAUGUCUUGACGAGAUCUUAGCCUUAACGAGCCCGCGGGACGUUUGCCGCCUUUCCUUAGUCUCUCCAUCUCUCCGAUCCGCCGCCAAUUCCGAUUCCGUUUGGGCAAAAUUCUUGCCGUCGGAUUAUCGGUCAAUCAUUGCCGGAUCACCGACUCCAAUCCCCUAUUUCCGAUCACUUAGGGACCUCUAUGUUUAUCUCUCCCAUCAUUCCCUCUUAAUUGAUGAAGGUCGCAAGAGUUUUUCACUGGAAAAAAGGAGUGGAAAGAAAUGCUACUUCUUAGGUGCAAGGGAUCUUAAUAUUGCAUGGGCUGACACACCAGGAUAUUGGGAAUGGACUUCACUACCAGAGUCCAAGUUUCGAGAGGUCGCUCAGCUUAAAUUUGUUUGGUGGCUUCAAAUUUGGGGUACAAUACGGACCGGAUUACUGUCACCACUUACAUUCUACAGAGCUUCCUUUGUUUACAAAUUUAAAGAUGGAUACGGGUUUGAUUAUCGACCCUCAGAGGUUUCAGUUAGAAUUUCUGGUGUUGAAUCCAAAAAACGGUUUGCUUUUUUGCAUCCAGAUGGUGAACAGGAGGAUUGGACUCUGCCCUCUGAUGCGGAGUAUGAGGGGCCCGCGGAACUCCCCCUCUGAUACGGAGUACGGGAGGCCCGAGAAAUUCAACGGGGAUCCUAGCUAGUAUCAUGGAGGAUGAUAAACAGCUGCCUAAACUUAGAGAUGAUGGAUGGUUUGAGUUAGAAUUGGGUGAGUUUUUUUACUGAAAAUGAAGAUGAUUGCAUAGAAAUGAGAAUGCAAGAGCCGCAACGUGGAUUUCCAAAGCGAGGCCUUAUUGUUGAAGGAAUUGAGA